AACUCACGAUAGACAUCACGAAGACUUCGUAGGAGUUGCAACCAUCUUUGUUGCUGCAGCAAAUUUCGAACAAGCAGCUGUCUCGAGUGGUACAGCAGCUUCUUGAGCUCACGCUCCAAUUAUUUUGUACAUGUCUGCGAUUUGACAUCCGUGAAGGCUUGCUCUUCAAUUUCUGAAUCGGCUUUCGGAAGCAUUGUUCUGAGCCAUGGCCAGCACUCAAGCGGCCACCACUUGUUCUGAGCAGCAUCCUCUGCCAGCUUCGAUUCACAAUAUUUUGUUGGAGCGAUUAUUGAUUGCGGCAAUAUCUGCCCUAGCUUCUGCCACUGCCACACUGGGCUUCAUAAAAUGGAGAAUUCGGAGACAAAGAAAGCUGCAGGAACAGAGGGUGUCAGCAAAGGAGGACGAGCAGGAUGAGGAAGAGGAAGAAGAGGCAGAGCGAGAGGAGGACAUAGUGCUUGCGAAGCAGCUGGCCUGGGCGGAGCAUCGCAUCAAAGAGCUUGAGGCCCUCAUUGCAAAAGCGGUCAGCAAAGAGGCGGAAGCCGAGCGGACAGCACAGGCCGCCAGCAAGGCGGCGAGUGAAGCCACGCAGAAGGUGAGGGAUGCUGCGCGGCAGCUGUCCGAGGGGCGAGCAAGGACAGAGCGGCUGGAGCGAGCCCAGGAAGCCCUCAUCCUGGAGAGAAAUAAUGCCUUGAAUGAGGCAGAGCAGGCAAGCAGCCAGCAGCGGGAAGCAGAGCUCAAGCAGGACAAGGCGCAGGAGGCGGUUGUGGGCUUGGAGAGGAAACUCAAGGUGCAAGGGGAGGAGCGAAAGGGUCACGACAGGCGAAUCAAGGACCUGGAGCUGCGGCUGACCAGUAUACUGUCUGCCAAGGCCCGGGACGACGAGGAGCAUGCCUCACGCGUCAAGGUGCUGGAGGAGCAGGCUGCAGAGGCGGCGGCUGCGCGCGCUGCGGCCGAGGCGGAUCUGGCGCGAGUCAAGGGCAAGGGCAGUGACAUCCAACGCAAGGCACGUCCUUCCAUCUUGCGUCCUGAGACCUCUUUCUACCUUUUCCGUGUGGAGGCGGCUAGCGUGUCGGUGACGAACAUGCGGCGGGAAAUGCAGGCGCGAGAGAGGCGAGCGGCCGAACUGGAGGCCGCACUCGGCAGCCUGCGCGACAAGAGCGCUGCCACCGACGCGCAGCUCGCCGCCAGCCGCCAGCGCGUGCGCGAGCUCGAGGUUGAGCUGCGCAUCAGCCAGGAGAGCCUGAGGCGGUGCGAUGAGCGGCUGAGGGGCGUGCUCAAGGAACGCCAGGACAUGGAGAGCCGCCUUAGACGCGCCUCCUCCAGAUAA